CUAUUUGCCCUUUCAUCACUAACACCUUCCCCCGUCUUGGCUCCAGCAAAGCUCAUUCACUACUACAAAGUGUCUGACCAAUGCCCAGCGCGAGACGCUGAUAUUUUAUGUCACUGCAAGGGGAGGGGGUAUUGAUGUACCCCACGUCAGGAGGACUUCCGGUUGUGUGACCCGGUGAGUGUGACAGGUGGAGAGAAAAGAGAAGCCGACUAGGAGGUGAGAGAAUCGGCAGCCAGGACUGAAAAAGAGUAUCACAAGACAAAGUGGCAUAUGAAAUGGCAGAGAAUGGAACUGAUUGUGAACAGAGGCGUUUUGGAAUGGCUAAAGAACAAAACAAUGGAAGCUUUCAAGACCCCUCUUUUAUAAGUGAUAGGAAGACAAGGGACAUUGAAGAAAGACAAAGUAUUGUUCUCUGGAGAAAACCACUAAUUACCUUGCAGUAUUUUAUCCUGGAAGUCCUAAUAAACUUGAAGGAUUGGAGCAUAAGAUUAUGGCACCGUCGGAUGAUGGUGAUGUCUGUUUUGCUGCUGCUUGCAGUUCUUUCAGUAGCGUAUUAUAUAGAAGGAGCACAUCAACAGUAUGUACAGUAUGUUGAGAAAAAAUGUUUAUGGUGUGCCUACUGGGUAGGCUUAGGAAUACUGUCCUCAGUCGGACUCGGAACAGGUCUUCAUACCUUUCUACUUUAUUUGGGUCCGCAUAUUGCUUCUGUGACCAUUGCUGCUUAUGAAUGUAACUCCGUAAAUUUCCCAGAGCCACCUUAUCCUGAUGAAAUUAUAUGCCCAGAUGAAGAAGGUACAGAAGGAGCCAUUUCCCUUUGGACAAUAAUAUCAAAAGUGAGGCUGGAGGCAUGUAUGUGGGGAGCUGGCACUGCCAUUGGAGAACUGCCUCCAUAUUUUAUGGCCAGAGCAGCUCGACUUUCCGGAGUGGAAACAGAUGAUGAAGAAUAUGCCGAAUUUGAGGAGAUGCUUGAACAUGCUCAGACUGCACAGGACUUUGCAACACGCGCAAAAUUAGCUGUUCAAAAUCUAGUGCAGAAAGUUGGAUUUUUGGGGAUCUUGGCUUGUGCUUCAAUUCCCAACCCCCUGUUUGAUCUGGCAGGAAUUACAUGUGGGCACUUUCUUGUUCCUUUCUGGACUUUCUUUGGCGCUACACUGAUAGGCAAAGCUAUCGUAAAAAUGCACAUCCAGAAGCUCUUUGUUAUCAUAACAUUCAGCAAGCACAUUGUGGAGCAGAUGGUGUCCCUAAUCGGGGUUAUUCCAAGCAUCGGUCCGUCCCUACAGAAACCCUUUCAGGAAUAUCUGGAAGCUCAGAGGAAAAAACUGCAUCAUAAAGGAGACAGCGGAGCACCCCAGAGUGAAAACUGGCUAUCGUGGGCGUUUGAGAAGCUGGUGAUCAUUAUGGUUUUCUAUUUCAUUCUGUCCAUCAUCAACUCCAUGGCACAGAGCUAUGCCAAACGGGUCCAGCAGAGAAAUUUAUCUGUAGAGAAGACUAAGUAAAGGGAUUUACACCCAGGGAAUUGGGAAGGAAGGGAGGGAGGAGGGUGGUGAAUGGGGAUAAAAGAUUAUGCUUCUAUAUGGAACUUCAACUGACAUGAUUAACUGUUAAAUACAAAAUAACGAACCUGGAGCGUGUUUAAAAGAGAACAUUACUUGUUUCAAGUUGUUUUCUAUUUUUUUCCACAAUAUAAAAAAAAACACAUUUAUUUUGUGAGAUCAGAGAAAUCUAGGUGGAUUCACAAGCUUUUUUUUCCCCCUUAUGGCAUGUUCCUGUUUUUUUUCCCAACAGUUCAAAUUCUCUCCUAAAGCUGUGUGUGGCAGAAAGGUUUGCAAACUAUUUUUGCACACAGGGGCAAACACAUUUGAUAAUAUAAUGAUGAAGUGGGACAUUGGUCUCUAGCCCCCUUCAGAUUUUAAAGAAACAGGUGCUGAAAAAUGAACUUAAAUGUACUAUACCAUUGCAGAUAUUUGUCUUAUUGGAACUGGAUGUGCUUCUUUCAUAUCUGUAACUUUAUUCUGGAGGGCUACAUUGGUGGAUUGCUGUGCAGUCUGUUGUACCUCCAUCCAGAUCUCUUAAUACGUUUAUAAUGUUUGUGGAACUUCAGAAACAAAGACUAAUUACUUUUCCCAGUGUCUGAAGUAUCCGUUUCUGGCCUGUCUAUACGCGGAUAUAACUAGAGGCUUUCACUGCAUUUACAUAUGUUCUGGGUGAUUCUGACGCAAGGCGAACACCCUGCAGGUAUAUUUGUAUGUGAAGAGUCAGCAGGAGUUGUAGUCACCCUAUGUGAAAUACAGCAGAUUUGGCAAGCACUGGUGCAUAUUGGGUUAUUCUCAGUUACGUUCUUUCUUGUAAGGAGAUGCCAGCAGUGGAAGGGAAUAGUAAUCAGUGCUGUCACUUCUUAUCAGUGAAACCAUCACACAAGGUUGGUACCUGUCCAAUUCUGUAAAAAUUAAAUUUUUUUAUUCUGUACAUAUAGAAUGGAAAGCUGAAACUGAACUUUAUAAAAACCACCUUUGAUCA